GGCGGGGCGCCGCAGUUUUUUGAAUUCGUUCUGCUCGCUGCGGGCUGGGCAGACGCUGCUUUUCGCCAUGUCGUUCCCGAAGGCUCCUCUCAGGCGCUUCAAUGAGGCACCAAGUGAGUAAAGGGCCGGGAGGUGGGGAAGCGGCGCUCGGUUGCAUCUCCAAAGAGCGCAGGCGGUGAAUAAGCAGCGGGGAGUAUCUACCCAGGGCUUUGCUGAGAGCCCGUCUAGUCCACUACCCAGUCCUACCCCCCACACCUAUUUUUGUCCCCGUUUCUCUAAGGCACACUGCCUCUGAAUAUGGAAGCUCCACUUAAUUCUGUGCCCCUUCCCCACUGAAGGCGAUGUUUGGCCUUCUCUUGUCCAAAGUCCAAUCUCACUUGGGUACCAACCUGUUUAUAGUCUAGUAUGACUGGCUCAAGAUGGUUUGCUGUCCGAGGUAAAGGGCAAGACACUUCUGCCUCCCAUUCCAUGUAUAAAUGUUCUUAAUCUUAAACAUUGGUGAUGGUAAGUAGGAGAACGGAAGCAUAACCACCCGACGACACCCCACUUACCAUUCCCCUCCCCCUCUUUUCUUCCUAGUUAUUUAAAUUCAGGUAGGUAGCCGUGUUGGUCUGAUGCAGUCGAGAUAUAUAUAUAUAUAUAUAUAUAUAUAUAUAUAUAUAUAAAAAAUUGUCCAGUAGCACCUUAGAGACCAACUAAGUUUGUUCUUGGUAUAAGCUUUCGUGCGCAUACACACGAAAGAUAACAAGAACAAACUUAGUUGGUCUCUAAGGUGCUACUGGAAUUUUUUAAUUUUAUUUUUUUAGUUAUUUAAAGCAAUUCAUGAACCAAGAACUCAUACACUGACCACUAAUAAUGAACCAUAUGUUGUAGAUAUUACUCCACAUUUAUUAUGCCAUUUUUGUGAUAUACUGUACAAAUGAGAUGAGAAAACUUGGUAUACUUAUUUGUACAUUAUUUGUUUUUAAAACCCAAUAAUAAUAAUAAUAAUAAAACAUUGAUGAUGGUACAGGGUCAUUCACUGCACCUAAAGGCACUGGCUGGCUUACGUGGUGCCAGACAGGCCUUGUGCACAUAGAGUUUAGUCCUCCAACACAUCGCUACUGCUCCCUUCCUUUGUUUUUCUUUAGCUGAUAGUAGGACUGGCCCUAAGUUUUGCCCCCUUCAUUUUAAAAUUGACUUUUAAAGCAAUUCUUAAGGCACCAGGAAAUGGCUGGAGUUUUUUUUUUCUUUUCAAGUUAUAACAAUAUUGCAAAUGGUUACAUUGUAUAAUAUUUGUAUUAUUUCUCAAUGGGCCCUGAUAACGCAUUCACGAUCAUUGUUAUUGAUUUAGUUGGUGCAGACUAAAGUUUGUAGUGUCCCUUGAAUUGGGUCAUUUCUACCCUUUCAUCUUGUGACUAUUUUAUCAGGAAUUCAGAGAUUAUCAAAAUAUAUUCCCUUCCUCAACAGAAAUAUGAAAAGGAGGUGAAAGAACCCCAGUGCACAAUGUAAUGAAUGCAAACACUGCAGUAAGGAUUAAUUCAGCUUUUUCUGCAACAGUUGGCUAUCCAAAAUGUAUAUAUUUUUUUAAAUGGGUUUUUUUUAAUCAGGGCUUUGAUUUUUGCUGAAUGUUCAUCCUUCUUCCCACCUUAUCUAGCUUGUGCCCCAUCACCAGGCGCUUAUGAUGUCAAAGCUUCAGAUCCAUCAAAAGGACCUGUGUCUUUUGACAAGUCCCAACGAUUCAAAGAGCAUAUGGGUAAUGAAAUCGUGAAAAAGCUGGAUUGGCAAAUGCUUGCUUGAUGCUUCUUUAACAAGCUUCAGAUCUGCGCUUCAUGCAUGAAGAGUCUGUUCUCAUCUUCCAUUCUUAACCAUGUUCCAUGUUUGUCAAUGACAUCCAGUAGUGUUAUGCGUGUGUACCUGGACUCACAUGUGCACAGUCAGCACUCAUGUAUAUACACAUUACUGAGAGGUUUAGGAGCUUUUGCUGGAGUUAUGACUUGCGCUUGUUAUGGAUGUGCAUUAACACUUACUGUCCUUCUGCUUUAGAGCUCCUGUUUGUUGGAUUCCUACUUGUUUAGUUAUAAAUUUGUUCAUUUUGCUGUCUUGUCUAAACACACAAAGAAUAAUGGAAGGUAAAAUAACGCUAAGAGGUCGACUUGUGCUUGUGUACAUGUUAGCUUACUUACAGGUAGUCAUUCCAACUUUCUCCUUUCUCUCAUGCUGUGGCACUUAUCCAUGUCCCAAAGUAGAUUUGCUUAUAGUCAAUGUUUGUUUUGUGAUGUCUAGACAAUGUGGGAAUGGUGGUAUAAAGUUUUCUGUGAGACACCUGGGAAAUAGAAGUACAUCUGCUUAGUCCUUUUUUUAAAAUGGCUGAAACAAACCAUUUUCAGGGGGUUCUGCAAGAUGGGAAUUUCACAUGUGGGGACACAGACAAGUGCAAUAGUGCAACCUUGCCACCCUCUUCUAAUUCAGGGGUGAUUGGUUUAUAUUUGUGCAAGUGGAACCCUGAUUUGCCAGGGUUCUAUGUUACAUUGAAUGGAUAAUGCACUUGGUUCUCCAUUUCAUUUUGUCCACAAGCAUUUCAUGGAUUGUUCUUGUGUUGCCCAUCUAUGGAUGCUGAACAUCUAAGGAUCUUGAACAAAUAAUUUGGAAAUGGAAUCUGGUAAAAAUUCUCUUAUUUUUUUCUUUUCAUAGAGGAUGCAGGAAUUCAGCAGAAUGUUACCAGUAUGAAACCUUCAUCAACUGCUGCAAGAAAACUUGACUCGAAAGUAGGAUUCAUAUUCUAGCUUGCGUCUCCCUUGGCAUUUUUCUACUGCUGUGUCAAAAUCUGCCCUUUAACUUUUCAUGAUUAUUUUUUCUCCCCGGGGAAUGGCUUCCAUGUUUCUGCUUUGUUCUUGGAACUCAAUAGAACUUCUCUAUAAUUUUUAUGGAUGUAGGUUUCGAGCUUACCUUAUUGUUGCAAGAUGGCAUAGGGUGGAGCGUUAUAUAUAUGCAUACUUUAUAGCAAACAUUUUCCAGUCCUUUGCAGCCUCCCUGGCUGUCUGAGCUUCCUGACCUGAGAAAGUCCUGUGGGAAGAGUUGCCUCCUCAUGACCUCCUCCCCUGGACUUUAAUUGAAAUAUGGGCACCCAUGAAGGCUGUAGAGGGCAGACAAUUGGUGAGAUAAUUUCUAGAAUGAAAGGAAAGGCACACACCCAUAAAAGUAAGGUAAGCACCACAAAACUCUGCAUCCCACCCAGGAUAAUUUUGCUAAAGUUUUCUCUUUUCUUUACAAAUGAGGUCCUUUUGAAAGCCUGUUAUAACUGUCAAACUGAGAUAGACCGAAAGAUCACUUGUCUUUAGGAGUUUCUUCAUGCAUAUAAGUUUGAGGAAUUAUUUUUUCCCAGCAAUUGGGAAGGAGCAUGUGUAUAUUUCUCAACUGUCUGCUGGAUAAGUUGCAUUUGUACUUCUGAAAAGCUGUGCUCAUAAAGUGUGGGUGAAAUCAAAAGGAAAUUGGUUUUAGGUUUCAGCCCUUUUAUGAAACAAACUGUUUUUCUUGGCCUCUAGAAUUUAAAGCCAAACAGCUUGGGAAUGAAAGCGGGAAAGGAUUUGGCCAGCAAAAAAGACUUGAAAACAUGCAAGGAGUUGGAAAAGGAGGUAUGAGCACCACCAUCUCUUUUAGUAGCUUAUUUAAAUAAAUGUAUUGCAUUUCUGGUGUGAGCAUCUCUGGUUCUUUUAGAAUAGGUUUGCAGAAUCUGAAAGCAGCCCUGUAUAGGGAAGUUUUUAAUGUUUGAUGUUUUACUGUGCUUAAUGCGUUUAAUUUGUUGGAAGCUGCCCAGAGUGGCUGGGGGAAGCCAGUCAGAUGGGCAGCAUAUAAAUAAUAAUAAAUUAUUAUUAUUAUUAUUAUUAUUAUUAUUAUUAUUAUUAUUAUUUUGUUAUUAGGUCUCAAUUCUUAAACCUCUUCAGGCUUGUUGGAGAGCCAAAAAUUUGACAUGUUAUUACAUAAUUUGACCCAAGACACUGGAUAUAUUGGCAUGCAGCAUUUUCCCUCAGUGUCACUACUGUCUCCCCAAAUUUCCUAGUGAUGUUUAAAUAAGUGGGUGGCCAAAUCAAUUUGUGUAUUAGUCAGUACAAUAGGAAACUCCCCUUGGAAGUACCCAAGGCCCUUUAAGUCACCUGGCUAUCAUCAAACUCAACAUCAUAAACCAUUUUGACAUUGAUGUUACAGGUGUCUGGAGUGUUUCAGUGAUAGUUCUUUGUUUAUAUGUAAUGUUGGAUUUAUGGUUGGCUUACUUGUAAACUACUUUGAAAUCAUUUAUAAAAGCUGACAUGUGAAUUAUUGCUCUGGUGGGUGACUUGGGGUUCCAUUCAGACAGCUUGCUUUACUGAGCAUUCAUUUGUAUGUAUUUGUAGGGAGCUUUGAUGACAUUGCAUCAGUUCCACUGCAUUUCCCCACCACUUCCUUAUAUCACAAAAAUUCUGAUCAUUCAGGGAAGUGGGUUUGUGACACAAGCCUUCCCAAACAGCUGUAAUUGUGGCAAACUGAAUUUGCUGGCAUUGCAACUGAAUCACUGUUCGAAACUCCCAUUGUUCAAGGGGCAUUUUGUGACCGGGAAUUUCAUUAGCAAUUUCUGAGCUCUGGGCGCAGUACUGUGCCUAAGAUUUCAGAUUAUAACUGCAGAGUGGAAGGAAAGGAGGACCUUUUUCUGCCUCCUCACUUCUACAUACUCUCUGAAGACUGGAGAAGAGACCCUCUUAAGAAUAUUUGGGGAGGGGACUAUUGGGGAGGGGAAGGACUAGACCAUGUGAAAAAUGAACAUAAUGUUUUAGCUGCAGUUCAUUCAUUUUCAGCUUUGUAUUCUUGUUAUAAAAAAGCGUGCCCAGACAUUCUGAUGUUGUGCCCACAACCUAGUUUUAAGGUGCCAUUUAGGUCCCAGCUUUCAUUUGUCAGUUUCUAACACUGGACUGAAUCCCACCCAAAAAUAAUGACAAUCUGCAAGUGCCCUGGGACAAUUAAUUCAAUUGUGUUACUUAUAACGAGAACAUUUUGGAAUUUCAACUAGUAAUGAAACAAUAUUGGGGGGGGGGACUUGCUUCCUGGAACUAUUUCUCAGCUAAUUUCAUGCGUAUUACUGUAGAUUCGGGUGCUGAUUGGAGAACGUGGCCAGCAGGAUAAAAGGCUGCAAGCUCUGGAGGAAGAUCUUGCAAAGUCUGAGUCAAAGCUGUCUGCUGCAAUUAGGGAGAAAACCUCACUUUUGGCGAAUAUUGCUUCUCUGGAAAAGCAGCAGCUGGAGUUGAUCAGGACCAAUGAAUUACUGAAAUCAAAGGUACGUAUCAUUAUGGUUUAUGUAGCUGCUGUGGUGUUUGGCCGCACUUUAAGAGGCAGGAUGAGCACCUAUCUUCUGGUGGCAGUUUCCUCCUGCAAAGCUUUGUGCUUGAAUGGGUCUGUCCUUAAGGCACAAUGGGUGAACAGUAAUUUCACAAACAUGUUACAAUCUGUGUAGUUAAAAAAAUAGAGAUGGUGUCCAUCCUUUCUCCACCUUUCUUGGUGGCCCUGCUAAGUUGUUACAAUUAUGCCUUUAUUUUACCAAGUAAAUACUAAUUUGGGGGUUUAUACAGUUAAACCUCUGCUCCCGAAUCCCUCCGUUUUGGAACGUUUCGGCUCCCGAAUGCCGAAAACCUGGAAAUAAAUGCUCCGGUUUUCAGAAGCUGAAUGUCCAAGUCAAGUGCAAGAGGCUCUUGCAGCCAACUGGAAGCUGCGCCUCGAUUGCCGAACAUUUUGGAAGCUGAACGGGCUUCCGGAAUGGAUUAUGUUCAACAACCGAGGUUUGACUGUAUUGUCUCGCUAUCUACAUAAUGUGACUUUGGACAGUAACAAACUUAAGCGUGGGAUAUUCUUCCCUUUAACACACUUUAAAAUGUGAAGGCUUUGUGCAGCAAGUUCCCUUUCAUCAGGACACCCUACAUUGGCAUUGAAAAGAUGAACACAGAAGUAACUACGUAUUGUGUGCACUUCAAAGCACUGAUUUCCAAUGGACGGGUUUAUGCAUGUGCUGGAGGCUGUAAUGCCCUGCAAUAGCCUUCUGCAAUUUGAUGCUCUCCAGAUGUGUUGGACUGCAGUUUCCAUCAGCCCCAGGCAGCAUAGCCAGGAUGCUGGGAGUAUGGAGGGCAUCAGGUUGGACAAGGCUGCUGAACACACAAGGCAUGAGAAUAAGUUUCAUUGACCGCAAGGGGACAUCUCUUUAUUUAAAUUAACCUUUUGGGGCAUUCUACAUUAGAUGAUCCUGCUAGAUCAGGCAAAGACCCAUCUCACAGUGGCCAACCAGAUGCCUGUGGGAAGCCUGCAAGCAGGACAUGAGCGCAACUGCACUCUGCCCACCUGCAAUUCUCAGCACCUGGUAUUCAGAGACAGUGGCAGAGCCACUGUGGCUAGUAGCCAUUGAUAGCCUUGUCCUCCAUGAAUUUGUCUAAUCCUCUUUUAAAGCCAACUUGGUGGCCUUUUCCCACAGCUGCCACACACUGGGUCAACAUUUUCGGCAAACUAUCCACUAUGACCCCAAGGUCUCAUUCCUGGGCAGCCACUGCCAUUUCAGAACCCAAGAGUAAACAUGUGAAAUCCGAGCAUAUUUUUGUCCUGUUGUGCAUCAUUUUCUACAUGUUUACAUUGAAUUUCAUUUGCUGUUUUACCACCGAUUCAGUUUGGAGAGGUCCUUUCGGAGCUCUUCACACACUCCUUUUGUUUUAACAACCUUGAACAGUUCUGUAGGCUCACACUCCAAUUUGUUCCCACUGGAAUCUAGAAUGACAGAGGGUAAUUUUGGCUAGAUAGGAUUUGUUCUAGCUAGGUUGCUCCUGAAGAUUCCUAAAGAUCAGAACUAAAAUUGAGAAGAAAACUUUCCUUCUCUCCUGCUUUCUCCCCUUAAGUUCCAUGAAGAUGGAACACGGAAGAAUACAAGGCUAUGGAUAGAGGUAAUGAAGCUGCGGAAUCUUAGGAAUGCAAAGAAGGUGAGUUACAGUACUCAGACUGGGAUUAAAACCAUAUCUGUCAUAGUAUAAUUUAGACUUUAAAUUUCUUUGCUUAUGGUGAGAGGAAGGGUGAAAUCUAAUGUAAUGCUAAGUCUCAUUCCAUUAGUGCAAAAAUUUCUCCUUGCACAAAAGGAUGUUCUUCCCUUCACCACCACCACAUCCCAGAAAAAUUGUUCAGGGAUUCCUUCAAAUUUGGCGGGGGGGGGGCAGUAUUAUUGAGGAAGCAGAAACCCUUGCCCUGAUGGGAUGCAGUAGUUGAAUAUCACCCUCAAUGUUGAUCUGCUAGGACUACAGUUUUUCUUUAUAAAUCCAUCAGUGAGGGAGAGUUCAAAAUUGCUAAUGUAGACAUUGAACAGUGGGAGAGUUCACAUUGCUCAGGUUAGGUUCCUUUUAUUGGUUGACUUAUUGCUUCUAAACUUGAAAAUUUUGAAUAAGGGAAGAUUUGAUGAUCUUUUAAGGUUUUAAUCUUUUGUGUAACGUCUAUGUGUGUGGUUUUUAGACAGGCCCCGUUAAGCAGGAAGACACAGAAACGAAACUGCACAAAGUUCAAAAAGACUUGGAGCAGUCACAGGAAAAAGUAGCACAGCUGGAAGAGCAACUGUAAGUUUCUGCAUGAAAUGUCAAGCAGCAACCCUUUUUGUUAACUUUGUGGUACUUUAGCAGGCUAACCUUUUAAGUGUAAAGGGUCUUGAAAGGUAAGAGUCGGUAACCAUCUUCUACGGCAAACUGCUUUCUGAAACACCGAAAUGUUACUUUUUAAGGCUUUCUCUCUCUCUCUCUCUCUCUCUCUCUCUCUCUCUCUCUUUUAAAAGAGGCAUUACUUAACACAAAUAUUUCAGACUUGGUGCAGGUGAGUGGCCAGUGAAAUACAUUUGCAAGCUAUAGUAUGUUUCCUUCAACUAGUCCAUUCAGCUUCAGUUACUUUGCUCCUUGGUGUUGUUUAGUCAUUUAGUCGUGUCCGACUCUUCGUGACCCCAUGGACCAGAGCAGCCAGGCACUUCUGUCUUCCACUGCCUCCCGCAGUUCGGUCAAACUCAUGCUGGUAGCUUCGAGAACACUAUCCAACCAUCUCGUCCUCUGUCGUCCGCUUCUCCUUGUACCCUCAAUCUUUCCCAACAUCAGGGUCUUUUCCAGGGAGUCUUCUCUUCUCAUGAGGUGGCCAAAGUAUUGGAGCCUCAGCUUCACUAUCUGUCCUUCCAGUGAAUGUCCUUCCACUUUGCUCCUUAGUUAGCAAUAAUGCUCUGUUGGAAUCUUUUAGAGUGGCCAAGCAAUUUGUAUCCAUGUUGUUGUAUCCAUAUCAUGUUUUUUUUUACUACCGUGUCCUAGUUGGACAUCUUAAGUGACCAUCUGCUCACUAGAGAGCCAUUUAAUCAAUAGUAAUUAAAAUCAGAUGUUGAAAUAAACUUCCCCACUAUUCUACCCAGAUGGAUUUCUGUUCAAAAUCAGCACCUCUGUUUAUAACAAUGGCUUAGCUGGGAGUGGAGAGAAAGAGGGGUGUUGUCCUUGUAUUUAGCGUUGCUUUUUCCUGUGACUCCUGACCUCUUAAGUGCUUUUCCCUUUAAGAGAAACAGCUAAGGAAAGAGCUUGAACAUGAUGACUGUAGGGAUAUCAAUGGUCCAGAAGUAUCCAGCACAGAGUGAUUGUUUUCAUGUCUUAACCUGUAGUGGUUAAGGAUGGAGUCUACUGAGUGGCCUCUAUUGCUUGUUGUAAGCAUUAUGCGAUAACAUGAGCAGCACCAAGCUGCUGCUUUCCACAGUUCAGUUGGUCUGUAGGUUUUAUUUGCUAUGGCUUUGCGUAUCCUUGGAUACUGAUAAAAUAAUGCUUAGAUAGAAAUAGAGAUAGUAUGUCUAAAUUGUCAGUGAACAUUUGACAACGUGGGCCAUGAUUUUGAACAUAUAUCCACAUAAUUUUUUUAAUGGAAAAACACAUUUCAGAAAGGUGACAUUGGUGCCUUAUUUUUCUCUUACAAUCGGGAACACUUAUUUGCCUUUAUGCACCUGGUCUUCUGUAAUGGUUUUCAACUUUGUAAUGCUCAGCUGCUACCUGGGCUGUAGUAAGGAUUCUAAGUAACUGAUCUUCUGUAUACCCUAGGAAAGAAACUGCUUAUUUCCAUUUCUUGGUUAUUUUGUACUUUCCGGUUGAAAACUUAACUACAUAUUUUAGGCCCCUACAUGGCUGAAACAAACAUUCCUUUUGGAAAACUUAACACUCACUUUUUUCUGAUUGAGUUUCUAAAGACCCUAUGCCAUGCGCUCAUACAUUUUCAUUCUGUUUUAGGACAGCAAGUGAAAGGCAAGCUGAAGAGACAUGUGACUUAGAGAAUCUCCUGGAAUACAUUGCAGAACUUGCGUAAGUCACGUAUACUUACAAUCUUAUUUUCACAGCUUUGACACAAGCACUGUCUGGUAAAGGAACCUUGGGACUUGGCCUUGUGCGUUUUAUUUCUACAAAAAGCCUAAGAUUUGAAUUUGCCUAAUUGUGCAUUUGUCUGCACUUGUUAAACUGAAGUGUGAAGCUAGUGGUUCCCAAAGCCAUAACUUCCACGAUCUACGUUUUUAGAGGUGAAAAGUCCAUUGCUGGUUCUCAGAGUGGGUGUCACAAAUGCUAACUGAGAUAAAAGCUGGGUUUUUGCCUAGGCUGCUGCUGUUCUAUGGAAGUGAAGGCAGGGUGUGGAGAAGUGCCCCAGUCUUCAGUUGGCAUUUGUGGAUGGGAUGGACCACAAGUGUCCAUGUUGGCUUACUGAUGAAUCUUGAGGUAGCAUUGAUGGUAAUGUUGAGAAAAGAAGAGACUACCAGCAGGCAGCUGUUCUGACCCAAGAUGCUGGUGCAUCCAUCAUUUAUAAGGGUAGAGAUUAUGGUUAAUUAAGAUUGUCUUCUCCAGCCAGGUGUCAUCAAGAUGUUGCUAUACUACAGCAUCUGUUUAUCUCAGACCAGUGGCAUUGCUAGCUAAGUUUGAUGGGAUUUGGAUUCUAUCUGGAGGGUACCAGUUUGGGAAAAGCUAGACUAGAAAAUGCAGUUUGCUGAUAUUCCUAUAUCUUUGGCUAACAUACCAGCUUAUGUUUAUUUGGGAAGGCAUUUAGACACUGGAGUUGUGGAUAUCUGCUACUCUUAUUCCCCCCCUUGAAGGAAUAAUAUACGUUGAGGAGUCAUCAGCCAGAAGCUUCUAAAACUGCAAGAGAGCCAUUACCUGUCCUAAAUGCAUCUUUGGGCAUUUUAGGAACAGCAACAAAAUCAGAAGGGCCUGUUGGGGUAACUUUUUGGCAUAUUUCAGUCCCAGCAAUUGUUUCAAGCAUUGUGACUUCUAUAGGACUUGGGUGACCUCUGUUUCUGGUUUGGAGAGUUUGAGGAUGUUAAUGGGAUCCAAGUCUUUACCUGAAGAUGAAAUGAAGAGCCAAUCAAGGAGCAGCAUGCUAAAUAUAACCUUAAAAUAAACAAAACAAAAAUAACUAGGGCAGGUUUUCCAGGAUAGUCUUGUGAACUCUUCUUCAAGCAGUAGUAAAGUGUGACUACUUCAGAAUAUUUCUCAGAAGAGACUGCUUGCAUUACAGGGGCCUAAAAUAAGACUCACUACAUUGCAAAGCUAGUGGAAGUUGCUGAGCUGAGAUCUAACUUUUGUCAGAGUAAACCUACUGUAAACUAAGAACAUCAUGUGUUUCUUUUUUUCUCCCCAACAGCAAUGUUUCAGAACAAGUUGAUAAAUACAAGCUGGAUGUCAUCCAGUUAGAGGCAAUAAUAGAAGCCAAGAAUAAGGACAUUGACACAUUGCAAAAUACUCUUGAAAUGAAAGAAGCAACGCUGUCUACAGAAAUUGAAGACCUGCAUGAAAGAUGCAAGCUGCUUGAACAGCAAAAAGGUGACCAUAAAGUUACGGUGUGUUUUGGCCAAAUAUGCCUACGUUACUUUCAAAACAAACGUCAGCUGGCUCUCAUUUUCUCAACGACAGCUCCAAGUUUAAUCUUGACUGAUGUGCACAGUAUUAUGAGGCAAUUUAUUUUUAUUUUAUUGGUAGUGGAAAUCAUUGUGCCAAGCAAAUCUCUUCCUGUAUGUUACUUUUACUUUGGAGACACAACUGCAGGAAUCUAGGAAUGAACUACGAAUGGCAGAGCAGAACAGUUAGAAUAUAAAAAGCUCUACCUAUAUCCAAGCAGUUUUUUUGUGUAACUUUGUUUUUUUAUUUUUUAUUUUAGAGAAAUGCUUAUUUGAAUAUGGAGAAAAGGAGAAAACGGCAAAUGCAGAGAUAGAUCUUCUGAAAGAAAAACUGAUUCAAGAAGAACAGGAGCACCAAAAGCAGAAGGAAGCCUAUAAUGUAAAUAAAGCUGAGCAGGAGUCUAGAAAGCUGAAGAGUUUUAUCCUGCUAGUCACCAUUUGCAGACAAAGAACAAUUACUGUUGGAGAUUUUGUGCUGCAAUUUCACAUUAUCUGAAGCUUCGUAACCUAUUUCACUCUUGGCAGUAUUGGAGUAUAAUGGGCAUAGCUUUGGGUUAUGGUAUGUCUCAGAUUAUUGAAUCAGCCACCCCAAUUUGCCAUGGAGAGAUUGGGCUGUGUUAUAUUUACCCAGAAAUUUAAUAUGUGGUGGGGUAGUGUCUCAAAAUUUCAUCAAAAUAGCUUCAGAAAAUAACAUCUGUAUCUAGAAUACUUUCUUAAAUUAGGAAGCAGUGGCAGAGAAUGUUGGGUUGAAGCAGAAGAUGAUCAGAAGGAAGGAUAACUUGGCGGAUUGUUCUAAUUAAUGAGUUCACUCGAGCUACAUGCUGUUUGUUGAAUCCACUUCAGGUGGCUUCUGCUAAUUUGCGUCAGGGAUUGGAAAGAGAAUUGAGAGAAACCAUGGCUGAGUUGGAGAGACUGCAUGCUAAAGAAGACCAAGUUGAGAUGGUGGUGAAACACUUGGAAAAUGUGAAGGAAUCCCAAGCUGAGAAGCUAGCAGCGCUGGAAGCAGAACUGAGAGGGUGUGUAGAGAAAUAGUGAUUUGCAUACUUACAUUUAGACAUAGUUCUCACAAAUGGCAGGUGAUGUGAGCAAACCUGUACCUGAGCUAUAGUCUUUCAAGCUGCAGGUGAAAAAGAUCACAUGACAUAUAUUGAUAAAAGUGUGUGUGUGUGAGAGAGAGAGAGAGAGCACACUAAGCCAUUUUGUGCACAUUGCUUUUAACUCAAAAGGUCUAGGGUACUUAAAUGGAAAGGUUGCACUGGACUCAGAAACAAGCACUUGGGGGCACUGGCUCAUAAAAUUUUGAAUAGCUUUGGGGGGCUGUUCUUAAAAAAUACUGCUGUUCACUUUUUGACUCACCACUCCCCAUCUCAGGAAAACUGAAGAGUUGGAGAAAUUAGGUUCAUUGCGCAGAAGUACCGUUGUGAAGAUGCAAGAAGAGCAUAGCAAUACUCUGUGUAGGCUUGGGGAGACCGUUGCUGAAUUUGAAACGUACGUAAGUCUUUGGGUAGUAAGUGGAUGCUUUCAUUUCUUCUCUGCUCUUGUGUAAAUGGUGUGUUUCCCCUCUGUCUCCUUCUCUCCCCCUUUCACAGUUGACUUAUUUUGGUUGAUGCUGGUCUUAAGAACUGUAGAACAUUGGCCUUUCCCCUUUUCCUUCGGCCCAUGAAAACAUCCAAGUCAGGACAUGGUGAUGGGAUGGGCAAAGCAAAUUGUGGGUAUUGCUGUGCGGCAUUGGAUAUCUCUCUGUGUCCGCCCGUCCACCCCCCAAUGAUUCUUAUUUAUUUCAGCUUUCAUCUCCCAUUAACACAAAUCUGAACUCAACACUUGGAGAGGGUUUCAGGUCCCCGACUCCAGUUCCAGAGUUUUAUCAAGGCAAACUGCUGCAGACACAUUCAUCUUGCAUGUGCAUUGACUUGCUUCUGCAACAAAGGAUUUUGUGUUGUUAAACAGUAGUAGACACACUCUCUCUUUGGGAUCCUUCCCAAAAGGCAGGUGGUGCUGGGGAGGAAGGAGAGCAUCUAGGAGUAGCAGAAGCAGGGCAGUCCCUUUCCCCUGCCCUCAUCUACCCCCUGGUAUUGCUGCUUCUUAUAUGCCAUAAAAUGAGUAUGGACUACCUUGUUGCCGUGUUACAAGGUUCAAUAUAUUUAGCUAACUUUGCUGAAAUGAGGGUGGGUGGGUAAUUUAAUAGCUGUCUAUGACACCAACCUUGCUAGUCUCCCUUUUGGGAGGAGGCAGGAGUGGAUAAAUGGUUGCUCACUCCAGAUGCUGUUGGGACUCCAAUGCCCAUCAUCAUAUCCCAGUAGCAUGCCCAGUGAUUGGGUAUGAUGGGAGUUGGAGUCUGACAACAUUUGGAAGGCUAUAGGCUUCCCAUCCCUGAUGCAGGAGGGAUAGAAAAAUGGAAGGCAUUAUUUGACUAGCAGCAUGAUGGGGUUUUGCAUGGCACAUGAGGAAAUUGGCAUUAAGCCCUUGAUAAAAUCUUAAUUCCCACGAGUGACUUGAAUUCUGCUGUGCAGAGCUCUGAAGCAGCGUGACCCUUGUCCAGAUAGUUUGCACCGGUGAAGGAAGUUUAUCCUCCCCCCCCCCGACUCGAUCUAAGCUGUUGGCAUGUAGGCAAGGAGGAAUGGGAAGAGUGAGUUGACCAAUGCCAGAGGUGGGGGUGGGGCAAAGCAUGAAGUGUAAGGCAUGGCAAAGGAGAGCUUGAGCGCAGUGUUCAAGUCAAGCAGGAAUGUAAAUAUUGUAACCCUUCUUAGUUACAAAGCUUUUGUGGUCCAAGAAAUCACAUCCCUCAAACAAGAGAAAACGGCCCUGCAGGACAGAUUACUUGAGAUGAGCAAAACUGUGCAGCACGUGACCCAAAAGAUGGAAGAUGCGCAGCUUGCAAAAGACAUGGCGCAGGAAGAAAAUGCAAGGUAAGGGUGAUGAUAAGAAAUUUCACCCGAUAGACCUGAUGUGAAGUGGGAUGAUAUUUACAUGUGUUUGCUCAGCCAGAUUUCUGCCUGUCUAGGCUAAAGAGUUGUUCGUCACUAGCACAGAUCAUAAAUUAUAACAUAUCCCCCCCCCAUCAAAAGGUUUAGACAGAAUAAGCUACAUAUUCAUCUCCAAAGGCCCAAAUAACAGCUGAGGGGAGCAGUCUUGUCUCUUGGUCCUAUCAAAGAAAAUCAUGCAUACAGGAUAGGAUUUGUAUAAUAAUAAUUGCAAAUCCUUCGCAUUGUACCAGUGUGUAAAUUGCGUAACAGAUUUGAUCCUACAAAGUGAGGAUCUAGUCAAAGUACUUGACUCUUGACUGACUUUUAGUACUUGACUCUCAUGGCAAUUUGUGCCAUUUAUCUAUAUGUUCAUUCUAUUUUUUUGCCGACCAUCCAUCAGGCGGAGAAUUUAAAAAGCUCUCCUCCCUCCCUUUACCCACUCCCCACUUAGGAUGAUUCUGGAUGCCCAGACAAAAGUAGCAUUAAAAGAUGCAGAAAUAAAAAGAAUCAAAGAAUCGAAUAUUGUGGAAAUUGCUAAUCUGCAAGCAAAACUUGAAGAACAAAGUGAAUAUUUUAAAAAGCAACUUGAAAUAGAAAGGUAAGUUUCACAAGUUUGAGUUUAUUUCUGUGCUGUGUUCUGGCCAAAAAGGUGGCUCACAAAGGUUAAGAAGUAUAUGAAAUUUGAGCAAUAACCUUGGUUUACAAAAAUUAAGACAACAAAAUCCCAACAAGUGUGUGUGUGUGUGUGUGUGUGUGUGUAUGAAAAAUAUACAUGUCGCCCCACCUACCUAGAGACAAGAAUGUCCAGAAUGCCAGAGAGCAGAAAUAAAGUUUUGGGCAGCCACCUUCCCACCAUAGCUCCUCUUUUAUAAGGAUCCCAGGAAGGAGACUAGGGUGAAGCAGGUGUAAAAGCAUGCUCCUUGAUGCCCCCAAUGCAGGCUCCCCUGGGUCUUGCAUCAGGUAAUUGGAUCUCUGAAAUGAGGAAUGAAUUGCACGGCUUCUGUUUCCUUAGGAGAACUGUUGCUGAAAAAGUAGAAGCUGAUUGCAGAGAGAGCCUGGAAACAUGGCGUACCCAGUACGAAGACCUGCUUAAUAAAGUCAAACCCUUUCAGGUUAGUCUGAUUAAAGCCAUUAAGAGUCUAGAUACUGCAAAAAAUACCAAAAUAAACUCUGGAAUUUUCACUACUCUCCAGGUGCUCCCGCUGCCUUAAACCAGAGGUAGUCAACCUUUUUAUACCUACCGCCCACUAAUGCAUCUUUCUUGAUGGUAAAAUUUCCUUACUGCCCACCAGAGCUCGAUGGAAGGAGGAUUCAGCUUGUGCCGUAGAACCCCCUACCGCCCACCUAGAAUCCUGAAACGCCCACUAGUGGGCGGUAGGGACCAGGUUGACUACCCCUGCCUUAAACACUAUUAGCUGUCGGUAAAAUUCAGUGAUGACCAUACAUGUGCAGUUCCCUUUCCCCUCUACGGCCCUCUAUGCCUUCCAGAAACUUCUCUGGAGGGUUGGGGACCCUCAAGCAGAUGAGGGGUUGAUGUUGGAUUUCAUCUGGGGUGUGUGUGUGGGGGGGUAAUUGGCAGUUUCGUUACUGAAUUGGUUCUACAGUAAGGACACAGCAUCUGAAAGCAACUCGAGUUUUGCUGAUGGCUUGUAGUUCAGCCUAUAUUAAAUGUUACAUUUCAGAAACAACUUGAUGCAUACGAGGCGGAGAAGAAUGCCCUUUUGAAUGAGAACGGUGCUGCCCAAGAAGAGCUGAACAAACUUAGUGACGCAUAUGCCAAGCUGUUGGGCCAUCAGAAUCAGAAGCAGAAAAUCAAACAUGUAGUGAAACUGAAAGAAGAGAAUGCACAACUGAAACAGGUUUGUGAUAUGCAGCAUUGCUAUGGCUUGGAGCAAAACAAACUCAGGAGGCUGAGUACCCAUCAGUCUGGAUGCAAAAUGGGGGCCAUGAAAAAAAUCCAGCAAUAGCCUGACACUGUGAGGGGUAGGGGAGAUGGGAUGAGGUACAAAGAAAUGCAUAUGUUUUCAGCACCAGCCGGGCUUUUUAAGGUAGAUUGUUGACAUAUUGAGCCACUGGCAAUACAUAAGGAGUAGCUGUUAUACUGAUUCUUUUAAGGUUUUUAGUGGAAUUGCCUGUUUUUCAGAUUAAUGUACCCUACCAUAGGUUUGCUUGUUUGAAGGGGGUGGGUUAAGAAUUAGAUGAAAUAAACAUGUGAAUUAAAAGAAAAUAGCAUUUAAGGGAGGGAGGGGACUACUUCACAAGUUCCUGUCAACUGGCAGGAUGCAGAUGACUAUUUUUGCACCUGGCUGGGGGCAGCAGGGAGUGUUGCAGAAAAGGAUGUAAAGAAACCACAAGCCAGCCAAACUGAGUCUACCAUUUCAAGGUCUGUGCUGAGAAAAGUUUGAGGUACGUGCCUGUCGGAACAAAGACAAUGUGAUUUAUAGAGAUGGGGUUUAUUUUGCUAUUCCUAAUUUUUUGGCAAUUAGACCCAUUGAGUUUAGUCCUUUAAAAGCUGAACAUAUGCUUUCUGAUAGUCAUAGCCACAGAAGAUUCUGCAUGUGUCCUAGAGCUUUGUUUGAUGUAGAUAUCUUUAAAAGCUGAUAAAGCCUAAUGGAUUUUUACAAUUGCCCGGUUCACAUGUCACGUUAAACACAACGAUUUAAUGUGAAUAGGUGCUGAAAAGUUCUCAUUCAGCUCCCGUUGUUCUUUUUAUGCCUCAAACCCAGGUCAUGGUUUGCUUGCAGAGAUGGAAACCAAUACUGUAGUAGUAAACAAGGUUUGUUCUUGGCUUCCUGCUCAUAGUUUAUUUGGAGAGAAACAAUUCACAAGGCCAGGCAGCAUGACAAACUUGAGCCUGUAUCAGCAUGCUACCAGAGUUGUGUUUUUAAUAUGGCUUACUGUGAUGUGGAAACAGAGCCAACAAUAGUGUAAAGUGAGACCAGCCAGGAGCUAUUUGCAGGUAAAAGUAAGGGAGAAUUUCCUGUUGUACUGCCUAAUGAAAGAGGGAAUUUCAAUUUUGGGAGUGCGGAGGAGUCAAAGAGCAUUCUUCAAGGACUAAUCUUUUCCCAAUGAUCCCAUUAUAUUAAAACUAGAUUUUUUUAUGAUAACAUUGUUUGUACAUACACAAUCCAUGAGUUAAUUUUUAAGCUGUUGUGCAUUUUAGGCCUUCAGAUUGAGUGGAAUUAAGUCGGAUAAAGUUUAACUGAACCAGUUUUGAGUCACAUCUUUUCAUGUUGUCACCAAAUUUGUUGUUUAACUUACAUUGAAGUCUCCUGUUCUUUAGGAGGUAUUAAAACUACGAUCUCAAGUAGCAAAGGAAAAGAAAGUUCGUGGAGAGCUCGAGGACCAACUGAAUGCGAUUCAAGGCAUCAAGCGAUUCGAUCCUUCUAAAGCUUUUCAGCAUUCUGUCAAGGAAAAUGUCAAUCCAAAAACACCUUUUAAAGAAAGUGAGUCUGCAUAAAUACACCACAGUUCAAAUUUCUCGUGUUUUUAAGGAUGUUGAUAAUACUCCAAUGACCUUAUUUCUUUAAUUUGUAUUAUCUUUUAAAUUUAUAAUUAUGUAAUGAAGAGUAAAGCAAAAAUGGAACUGAGGUGCAAGUAAUUCCUUACCCAAAUAACAAAAACCUGCCCCACACCUGAUUAUAUGUAGGUCAGGCAGAGAUAUGGUUGCCAGUGCACAAUCAGAAGCCUAGAAGGGCAUUCCUGAUAGUGUGUUGGCAAAACAAAGCAGGUUUAAUCUCUACCACCUCGCAGGGAACUCCUUCAUGCAUCUGUUGCCUAGGCGGUACAUGUGCUGUGAGGCUGGAUCCUGAAAUUUCUGGCUUGCAGAUCCAUAAAAGGUUCCCACCCCUGGCUUUAGAGACUUACACAGGGCUAUUUAGCAGUAGUCCUGUGGUUUUUCUUGAUCUGUAUUUCCAUCCUAAUAUUUCCUGCAUUAUUUCUGAACUGUUCAUGUCUGUCAUGCACAGGCAGGCAGUCACUAAGAAGGCUUUUUCAAGUAUCUAACAAUGUCUUUUCUGUACAAUAGGUAACAAACAAAAUCCAGCCUUGUUUCUGACGAACAGACCAUGAAACAAACCCACAUGUUGCUGCUUCAUAUGUGAACAUAAUGCAAGUCUUGACCUUUAAAUUCAACUGGAUGGUGUCUUUAAACAUGUGCUUUUAAAAUCUCUUGAAAUUAAAGCAACUAUUAAAGAUCUCCUUUCACAGUGUCCUUUUUUUCUUUUGCCUAGAGAGAAACUUGCCAUAGCACUGACAUACUUGAGGUAGCAGCAGGACCCAAUUAGACAUUUUCUAUGUGCCAUUGCAUCUAAUAUUUGCAGGUGUUUAAAUUCUAAAAACACAUGUCAUGCUUGCUGUGUAAAAAUCAAUGCUACAAGGCUAUGUAUCCCAAGUGCCACUUGUUUACUGUAACAGAGGCUAUGCAAGUAUUGUAUCUUUCUGCAAUUUAGAAAUUGAAACAGUCGUUUCGGUUUUAUCAUUCUAUGUUAGAAUAGCUCAGUUAUGAAUGUGCUAUUUUCUAGAUACUGGCAAUUUAAAUUUAUGUUUUUUGAAAAAAUAAAGUGGUUUGUAAUAC